AUGCCUUCCCCUGCUUCUCUCCCACCCGCUCCCCAUUUCUCCCCCCUGCCUCCCCUUACUUCUCUCCCACCCGCCCCCGAUUCCUCCCCCCUGCCUCUCGUCCAUCCCCCAUGCGCCCUCUUUCUUUCCUGCCAGCCCAGCCCCAUGCGCCCUCUUGCUUUCCUGCCAGCCCAGCCCCAUGCCCCUCCUGCUUCCCAACCGCCCAUCCCUGCUUCCCGUCCCCUCCCCCCCUGCUUCUCGUCCGCCCAUGCCUGCAGGGCGCUGCACCAUAACCAACUCUCCGGCCCCAUCCCCGAGUACCUCUGCCAAUCCGUGCUGCAUAACAUUUGCUUCCUCCCUACUGCCUUGUCAUCUACCCACACCCACACCCUUUUGCACUUUAUCUUGCUUGCUUCCUCACCUCCUCGCUCCCCUCACCCUCUCCCCUUCUCGCGUUCUCCCAUUGCCUCUUUUUCCCCAUGUCUCCACCUGCCCACCUUCCCACCUGCCCACCUUCCCACCUGCCCACCUUCCCACCUGCCCACCUUCCCACCUUCCCACCUGCCCACCUUCCCACCUGCCCACCUUCCCACCUGCCCACCUGCCCACCUGCCCACCUGCCCACCUUCCCACCUGCCCACCUUCCUACCUGCCCACCUGUCCUAUGUGCCCACCUUCCCAUGUGCCCACCUAUCCCAUGUGCCCACCUGUCCCAUGUGCCCACCUUCACAUGUGCCCACCUGUCCCAUGUGCCCACCUGUCCCAUGUGCCCACCUUCACAUGUGCUCACCUGUCCCAUGUGCCCACCUGUCCCAUGUGCCCACCUGUCCCAUGUGCCCACCUGUCCCAUGUGCCCACCUUCACAUGUGCCCACCUGUCCCAUGUGCCCACCUUCCCAUGUGCCCACCUUUCCCCCGUUCCACCUUCCCACCCGUCCACCUGCCCCCCCAUUCCACCUGCCCCCCCGUCCACCUGCAGGCUCCUAAUGACGUCAGCAACAAUCUCCUCUUCAUGGACGCCGCAACCUUCCAAAACAUACCGCCCAUCAGCCUGGACCUCAAGCGGUUGGCCGCCAUCCCUCUCCUGCUCCUGUUCCAGUGGUUACGUUUCUAUCACUACUACUGGCACUGCCAACACUACCACUUGCCAAUUGUCGCCCCCUUCCCCUCCUGGUGUGUUGAAUCAGUGGCUUCAGCUGUUGUCGUGCUCGCGUCUACCCAACCAACCCUCUUUGCUGCCUUCUUUUGCUUCUCUCCCCCACUCCAUUUCCCUCUCUUUGUCUCACUCUCUCCCUUCUUCCCCCGCUUUCUCCCCCUCUUCCCCCAACUUCCUCCUCUCAUCCCCCCCUUCCGCCCCCCGUCCCCCCAUUCCCCCCCUCUUCCCCCCCCUUUCCCCCCUCAUUCCCCCCAAUCCCCCCCCUUCCCCCCCCCCACUUCUCGCUAUCUUCCCUCCCUUCCCCCCCCACCUUCCCCCUCUUCCGCCCUUCCCCCCCCCUUCCCCAACCCUUCCCCCCCCCCCUUCCCCCCCGCCUUCUCCCCUCGUCCCCCCCCUUCCCCCGCUCGUCACCCUGCUUUCUCCCCAUCGUCCCCCCCUUCCCCAUCUCGUCUCCCCCUCUUCCCCCCCUCGUCCCCCCACCUUUCCCCCCUCGUCCCCCCCCGUUCCUCCCUUCGUCUCCCCACCUUCCCCCCAUACCUGUGUCAUGAACAGAAGUGGGAGGGGUUGGAUGUGUGUGAGCAGUUCUCGCCGCAGCAGAUGCUUAGGGCCACCAACAACUGGUCGGAAGACAAUUUGCUGGGCAAGGGUGGCUUUGGCGUUGUCUAA